AGUUUUCGUCGAUCAUUCAGCCGGUGAGGUCGGAAACAAGAAACAAUUUAUAGAUUUCAUUUGUUUUUAAAAUUAAAGCAGCGAUAAACACUGAAACUUGUGCCGAACUCGAAGUUUAAAUGACAAUAGAAUAAUGAAGUAUUUUCUGUUGUUUCUCUUUGUUGUCAAUAUCAAUGUAUUGAUAACAUUUGCUGUUGAUGAGAAGAAAGAUUGGUGGCAAUCGACAGUUUUUUAUCAGAUUUACCCGCGUUCAUUUAAAGACUCGAACAAUGAUGGCAUUGGAGACCUCAAAGGUAUAACAUCGAAGCUUCAACAUUUGAAGGAUGCAGGUGUGGGUGCAACAUGGCUUAGUCCCAUUUUUAAAUCGCCGAUGGUCGAUUUCGGCUACGAUAUCUCUGACUAUAAAGCCAUUCAACCAGAAUAUGGAACAAUGGAUGAUUUCAAUGAACUAAUUGCAAAAGCAAAAGAAUUAGACAUCAAAAUAAUUCUUGAUUAUGUUCCUAAUCACACAUCUGAUCAACAUGAAUGGUUUAUAAAGUCAGAAGCACGGGAUCCCGAAUAUGAAGAUUUUUACAUUUGGCAUGAUGGAAAAACGAGUCAAGAUGGAGGGAAAAUUUCACCUCCAAACAAUUGGGUGUCAGUGUUUUAUGGCUCAGCGUGGCAAUGGAGUGAUAAACGCAAACAAUUUUAUCUUCAUCAGUUUACUAAACAACAACCUGAUUUGAAUUUUCGUAAUCCAGUCGUGGUCGAGAGAAUGAAGGAUGUUUUAAGAUUUUGGCUUGAGAAAGGUGUUUCAGGAUUUCGAUGCGAUGCGCCGGAGGUUUACGAUGUUGUUUAUUCCUGGCGAGAUGUUCUCGAUGAUUGGAAGAAGACUCAUGGAGGUGAAACGAGAAUCAUGAUGACUGAAGCUUACGCUAACAUCACAUUUACCAUGAAGUAUUAUGAGUCGAGUGAUGGCACGAGAAAAGGCUCACACAUCCCCUUUAACUUUUUAAUGUUAUCCGACUUAAAUGGAGAGUCAACGGCAAAUGAUUUCGUUCAUACAAUCAGUAAGUGGAUGAAUUACAUGCCAGCGGGUGAGACAGCAAACUGGGUGCUCGGCAACCAUGACAAUUCUCGUGUUGGUUCUCGCUAUGGUCCAGAGAGAAUUGAUGCUUUAAAUGCAAUGCUUUUAACACUUCCGGGAGCUGCUGUCACUUAUAUGGGAGAGGAAAUUGGAAUGCUUGAUGACAAAGACAUAUCAUGGGAGGAUACGAAAGAUCCUGCUGCGUGUAAUACAAAUCCGAGUGUUUAUAUGAAAUAUUCAAGAGACCCAGAACGUACGCCUUUUCAAUGGGAUGAGACAACAAAUGCUGGCUUCUCGAAUGCACAGAAAACUUGGCUUCCAGUCAAUCCCAAUUACAUGGAAUUGAAUGUGAAAACUGAAAAGGCAGCAGCAAAAAGCCAUUUCAAGUUUUAUCAGAAGGUAAUCGAAUUAAGGAAGCAAGACACAUUUCAAUACGGCGAUUUGAAAAUUAUCGCUAUCAACAAAAAUGUUUUUGCAUACGUUCGAGAAUUAUUGGAUCGAGAAACCUACAUCAUUUUGAUUAAUCUCGGAUCAAUUAAUGAAGAUAUUAAUCUGAAAGUUUUUGCAUCACUUCCGGAUAGACUGAAAGUUGUUGUUUCGUCUCCGACAUCUCAUUACGACGAAGGCACGUUCGUUGAGUCAAAGGAAAUAUCUUUGGGAAGAUUCGGUGCAAUGAUAUUAACAAAUGACAAUCAGAAUCAUAAUUUAGCAACAUACAUGCGAGUUGAUAUGAAUCUUCACUUGACAUGUUUUAUAAUUGCAUGGCUUGCUGUAACACUUUAUUAAACAAUCGUUGAUAAAAGGAAUAUUCCGAUGCAACCCUACGAUUGCGUCAUUUUCAGCAGCGGAAGUGAUAACAAGAGAUUGGAUCAUUUGAAAGAUGCUGGAAUGGAUGCUUGUUGGUUGAGUCCAAUUUUUGCUUCACCACAAGUUGAUACAGGUUACGAUGUCAGUGAUUUCUAUACAAUCGAACCUGAUUACGGCAACAUGGCUGACUUCGAUAACUUAAUGGCAAAAGCAAAGGAACUUGGCAUCAAUUUAUUGCUUGAUUUCAUUCCAAACCACACUUCUGAUCAACAUGACUGGUUUAUAAGAUCUGUUAAUAAUGAAUCUGAUUAUAUGAAUUAUUAUGUUUGGCGUGAACCUCAAAUUGUUGAUGGACAACGAACAGUUCCUAAUAAUUGGAGAUCUGUGUUUGGUGGACCUGCAUGGACGUGGAGCGAAAGUCGACAGCAAUAUUAUCUUCACCAAUUCUCUCCACAACAACCAGAUCUUAAUUACAGAAAUCCAAAAGUUGUUGAUGAAAUGAAACAAGUUAUGCAAUUUUACAUGGAAAAGGGAGUCAGUGGAUUUCGUCUUGAUGCGAUAAAUCACAUGUUUGAAGAUGAUCAAUUUCGUGAUGAACCUCGUAAUGAAUUUGUGACCAAUCCUGAUGAUUAUGAAUAUUAUUCACAUAUUUAUACAAAAGACUUGCAAGAAACGUUCGAUUUAGUUUACGAAUGGCGGAAAUUUAUUGAAGAUUAUGUGAGUGAAAAUGAAUUACCAACUGACAUUAUUCUGAUGACAGAAGCAUAUGCCAGCACUUAUGAUACAAUGCGUUACUAUCGAGAUCCAUCAGACGACAGACGAGGAGCUCACAUGCCUUUCAAUUUUCAAUUGAUUUUCAAUUUCUAUAACAAUGCAAAAGCUCAAAACAUUAAGAACGGAAUCGAUGAGUGGUUGAACAAUAUGCCAGAAGGUGAAACGGCUGAUUGGGUUGCAGGCAGUCACGACCACUCCCGUGUUGCAUCACGUGUUGGCAUUGAAAAGGUUCAUAUGGUCAACACAGUUGUCUUGACACUCCCUGGCGCAAGUGUCACUUAUUAUGGUGAAGAGAUUGGCAUGCAAGAUUAUCGACUUUUCAACAUUAAUGACGGUCGCGAUCCCAAUCGAACUCCAAUGCAAUGGAACAGUGGAGUGGGUGCUGGCUUUACAAGUAAAAAUGCAGAAGAAACUUGGCUUCCAAUUCAUCCCAAUUAUGUCACAAUUAACUUGCAAGCACAGCGUGAACAAAUACGAAGCACUUACAAAUAUUUCCAAACGUUGACAGCGCUUCGUAAAACGAACGCGUUUAGGAAUGGAAGUUUUGAAGUGAAAGUUGUCAAUGAGAAUGUUCUUGCUUUCAAAAGAGAACUCGACAAUGAAAUAUAUAUUGUGGUGAUAAAUGUCGAGGGAUCUGAGGAGCGAGUUGACUUAUCCGAGUUGUGGACGAUUUCUGAUGAAAUUUCAGUGGUAACUGCCGCUCCUAAUUCACGCUUUGAUAUCGGAGAUAAGACGAUGAGUAAUGAUGUCACUUUGGGUCUUUACGAUACUGUUAUAUUUCACGUUUCACACUCAACGACAAUUGUUUAUAGUCUAACCUUGAUGAUAUUUUCAAAAAAUAAAGUUCAAAUAAAAAGAAUGAAGUUUUUAAGAAUUGUUGGAAUUUUUACUGUGCUUUUAUGUGUUCAACUUGUAACAGCACAGGAUGAUCACGAUCAUGAUCAUGAACAUGAUUGGUGGGAACAUGCUGUGUUUUAUCAGAUCUAUCCAAGAUCAUUCAAAGAUGACAACAAUGAUGGAAUUGGCGAUAUUCGAGGAGUUAUCAACAAAUUGGAACAUUUGAAAGAUCUUGGUGUGACCGGUGUAUGGUUGAGUCCAAUUUUCGCUUCACCAAUGAAAGAUGGUGGUUACGACAUUGCGGAUUAUGAAAACGUCAAUCCUAUGUUCGGAACGAAUGAAGAUCUUGAAGAACUUUUCGAAAAGGCGAAGGAACUUGGACUUAAGAUAAUUCUCGACUUUGUUCCAAAUCAUACAAGCGAUCAACAUGAAUGGUUUCAGAAGUCGGUUGAUAGAGUAGAUGGUUUUACUGACUUUUAUGUAUGGAGAGAUUGUCCUUUGAAUUCUGAAGGAAACAGAACAUUGCCAAACAAUUGGAUUGCUGUAUUUCAUACACCAGCUUGGAGUUAUAAUGAAGACAGAGACCAGUGUUAUCUUCACCAAUUUGCUCCUGAACAACCUGACUUAAAUUAUCGCAAUCCAUGGGUUCAACGAGCAAUGUUAGAUGUUCUUAGGUAUUGGAUGGAAAGAGGCGCUGACGGAUUUAGAAUUGAUGCCAUAAAUCACAUGUUUGAAGUAGAAGGACUUCCCGAUGAAACUUACAUUGAUCCAAAUGGUGACUUAACUUCCUAUGAUAACUUAUACCACAACAUAACAAUGAAUCGACCCGAGUCAUACGAAUUUAUUUACGAAGCAAGAAAAAUGAUGGACGAAUUUGUUGCUAACUCAGAAGAUAAAGUGACAAGAAUUUUGAUGACAGAAGCUUACGCAACUGUUGAACAACAAGCUCUUUGGUAUGGUGAAAGUGAAACAAUUCUCGGAUCUCACAUGCCCUUCAACUUCCAAUUAAUAACCAAACUCGACAAAGAUUCUAACGCAAAUGAAUUCAAGGAAGCAAUUGACGAAUGGAUGAAUGCAAUGCCUGAUUAUGGUGUUGCUAAUUGGGUUAUGGGAAAUCAUGAUCGUUCACGUGUUGGAUCAAGAUAUGGUGCAGAACGACAAGACAGUUUAGCAAUCAUGACAAUGGCACUUCCUGGAAUCAACGUCAUUUACAACGGAGAAGAAAUUGGAAUGCUUGACUAUAACGAAAUCACUUGGGAGGAAACUGACGACCCACAAGCUUGUCAAACUAAUGAAACUGUUUACAAAUUAUAUAGUCGUGACCCUGUUCGUACUCCCUUCCAAUGGGAAGAUACUGGUGAUUGGGCUGGCUUUUCAGAAGUUAGAACUUGGCUUCCAGUCAAUCCAAACUUCAGAGAUUUGAAUUUAAAAGCACAACAAGACGCUGACAAAAGUACUUACAAACUAUACAAGCAUUUGAUAGCAUUACGUUCAAAUCAUGUUCUUAUGGAAGGCGAUUAUCAGUCAAAAGUUAUAUCAGAUAAUUUGUUUGCUUUUAAGAGAACAUUAGCCGCUCAUAACACUAUCGCUGUUUAUGUUAAUCUUGGAAAUGCAACCAAUACCAAGUUGACUGAUUUGGUUGAUGCUGAUGAAUUACCGGAAGAUGCCAAAGUUAAAAUUCUUGCUGUAACCAAAGAAUCAAAUAUGGAAGUUGAUGAAUAUAUUGAAGACUUAGAAAACAUUGAAUUAGGCGCAUACGAUGCAGUCAUCUUGGAAAUUUCAUCAGCAACUAAAAUCGCCAUUUUUGAUAAGCUUUUGAACAGCAUUUAUAGCAAAUACUGGAAAUCAAUCACUCGAGCUCAAUAUAAUCAUGAAAUUGAUAAGCAAGUUAUAAAGUUUGAUCUGAAAAGCAAGAACAGAUUUUAUUUUUCUCAUUAUUUAUUUUGUUUUCAAACAGAAAGAAGUAUGAAAAUUUUGCUUUUAACUUUCUUUUGUGUUAUUAUUGUGAAUUUUCAAUUGUCAUCAUCGUUAGAUGAUCAUGAUUUAGAUUGGUGGGAGUAUGGAGUGCUUUAUCAAGUUUAUCCAAAUUCUUUCAAAGACACAGAUGGUGAUGGAAGAGGCGAUCUCAAAGGAAUAAUCGAGAAUUUAGAAUAUUUUGUAGAACUAGGUGUGACAGGCAUAUGGUUGAAUCCAAUUUUCAAGUCACCAAUGAAAGACGGCGGUUAUGAUGUUGAAGAUUAUAUGGAAAUAAAUUCAAGAUUCGGAACAAACGAGGACUUUGAUGAACUCUUGACAAAAGCUCACAAUCUUGGCUUAAAAGUUAUCUUAGACAUUGUCAUUAACCAUACAAGUGAUGAGCAUGAAUGGUUCUUGAAGUCAGCCAACAACACUUCAGGUUAUGAAGACUUUUAUAUUUGGAGAGAUUGUUUCAACGAUGUUUGGUCACAGUGGCCUAAUAAUUGGAUUUCCGUCUUUCAUACACGGGCUUGGACUUAUCACCCAGCAAGAAAUCAAUGUUAUCUACAUCAAUUCACUUCAAGUCAACCUGAUUUGAACUUUAGAGAACCAAAAGUUCGGGAAGAGUUGAUGAAAGUUUUACAUUAUUGGUUGGAAAAGGGCGCUGACGGUUUUAGGUUUGGAAGAGUUAAUCAUUUGUAUGAACAUGAGCUGUUUCCAAGUGAGAGUUAUUUCGAUAUUAAUGGAGAUUUCUUGUCGUAUGACAAUUUAUUCAACACGUUUACCAUGAAUCAACCUGAAUCUUAUGGAUUCAUUUAUGCAGUUCGUGAAAUGAUUGACGAUUAUGUUAAGGAACACACGAAUAAAGCAACGAGAAUUAUAAUGACAGAAGCUUACUCAACGCUGCCUCAAUAUGUUCCAUGGUUUGGGGAACAUGAAGAUAUUCUUGGAUCGCACUUGCCAUUUAACUUUGAGCUUAUCACGCGUCUUGAUAGACAUUCAUCUGCGUCUGAAUUUAAAUCGAUCAUCGACACUUGGAUAGAUGCAUUGCCAACUUGGUCUGUUGCUAAUUGGGUUUUAGGAAAUCACGAUCAGCCAAGAAUUGCUUCAAGAUAUGGAAAUGAAAUGCAUGAAAGUUUAGCAAUCAUGGCCAUGAUGCUUCCUGGUGUUAAUAUCAUUUAUUAUGGUGAAGAAAUUGGAAUGCUUGACAAUCUCGACAUCACUUGGGAGGAAACUGACGAUCCACAAGGGCGACAAACGAAUGAAACUGUUUUCAGUAGAUUCUCUCGAGAUCCCGCACGGACCCCAUUCCAAUGGGACGACAGUGAAUUCGCAGGUUUCUCAAACACAACGACAUGGUUGCCUGUCAAUGAGAAUUAUGAGAGUGUGAACUUGAAACAUCAGAGAGAAGCUGAGAAAAGUACUUUCAAACUGUAUAAGAAACUCAUCGAGAUGCGUAAAGAAAACCACGUUCUUGCCAUCGGCGAUUUGGAGACGAAAGCAAUGAAUGAAAUGGUUUUCGGAUUUAUGAGAACACUUCCCAAUCACAACAGUAUUGCUGUUAUCGUAAAUCUCGGAAAUGUUACUGUCACUGCAAGCCUUCGAAAUUUAAUCGAGCCAGACGAGUUUGAAGAUAUCGUCGGUGCUAAAAUCCUUCUUGUCAACAAUGACUCAAAACUCUUUGUUGAACAAACACCAAAGCAGAGUUCAUCUGACAGUGAAUGGUGGAAAUCAGCACUUUUUUAUCAAAUCUAUCCAAGAUCGUUUAAAGAUUCCAAUAAUGAUGGAAUUGGUGACAUUCGAGACAUCAUUUCGAAGCUUCAACACUUGAAGGACACUGGCGUGACCGCAACAUGGUUGAGUCCAAUUAUGAAGUCACCGCAAGUUGAUUUCGGUUAUGACAUUUCUGAUUACACUCAAGUCGAUGAAAUCUUCGGAACAAAUGAAGACUUGGAAGAACUUUUCACUGAAGCACACAAAUUAGGCAUUAAAGUCAUCAUGGAUUUCGUCCCAAAUCAUUCAUCAGACCAACACGAAUGGUUCCAGAAGUCAGUUGCACGAGAAAAAGGUUACGAGAAUUUUUACAUUUGGCACGAUGGCCGACCAAAUCCAAUUCCUGGCGGCAGACCUUUGACUCCAAAUAAUUGGAUUUCUGUGUUUAGUCACAGUGCUUGGACGUGGAACGAUGAACGUGAAGCUUAUUACCUUCAUCAAUUUGCACCUGAACAACCUGACUUGAAUUACAGAGAACCACUCGUUAUUCAAGCCAUGAAAGAUGUUUUGACUUAUUGGCUUGAUCGUGGAGCUGAUGGUUUUAGAAUUGACGCCAUUCCACAUCUUUUUGAAGAUGCCGCCAUGAGAGAUGAACCCGUAAGUGGGCUCAUCGAUGAUUCAAGAUAUCACGAUUAUCUUACUCACAUUUAUACAAAAGAUUUGCCAGAAACCUAUGAUAUGGUUGGAGAAUGGAGACGUUUAAUUGAUGAUUACAAUACAGAAAAUGGUGGUGACACGAGAGUCAUUUUCACUGAAGCAUUUACCAGCUUUGAUGAUACCAUGAAAUAUUAUGUUGAUACAGAGGGAAAUCCUCGAUCACAUUUUCCAUUCAACUUUUUCCUUAUCACGGAAAUGAAUGAAACAUCGACCGCUCAAGAAUGGAAGGCUGUGAUUGACAUGUGGAUGGAGGGAAUGCCAACUGGAGCGACACCAAACUGGGUUGUGAGUGUGAAAAUUUCUUUCUACCUGUUGCUUUCUGUAAAAUCAUUUUUUUAUCAGCUUGGAAACCAUGACACUCCAAGAUUCGCAUCACGAUUUGGAAGUGAGAGAGUUGAAGGGUUGUUGACGUUACUUUUAAUGCUUCCCGGCGUUGCUGUUUCUUACAAUGGUGAAGAAAUUGGAAUGUUGGACUACAGGGAAAUUUCAUGGGAAGAUACUCAAGAUCCACAAGCUUGCAAUACAAACGAUCCAGAAAAUUACAACCAAUUUUCAAGAGAUCCAGUAAGAACACCUUUCCAAUGGGAUGACACAAUAUAUGCUGGCUUUAAAGAUGCAGCUGGUGAAGAACCUUGGCUUCCAGUUAAUCCCAAUUAUGAAACACUCAACUUGAAACAACAACAAGAAGCGACGAAAUCAAUUUAUAAAUUUUACCAGCAGUUGGCUCAACUCAGACAAGCUGAAACAUUUGUUCAUGGCGAUUACAAAUCGACUGCUAUCAAUGACAAUGUCUUUGGGUUUAUUCGUUCAUUAAACAACGCGAUAAGUUACGUAGUUUUGAUUAAUUUUGGUUCUGAAAAUGUUGUAAUUGAUAUCAACACGUUGGGAGUUAACUUUGAAGGUCAGUCUGAGAUUGUACUCGCGAGUUCACAAUCAAAUUACGACAUCAGCGACAUUGUCAGCACAACGGAAUUUACACUUGGAGCUUAUGACGCAAUCAUAUUGACUUCAUCUGCUUCUGUCAUUGCAACUUCUUUCUUUAUCAUCUUGAUUGCUGCUACUUUACUUUGUUACAUUUUUCAAGAAUUAACCCGGCAACAUUCAAAUGCAGAGUUUUUUAUGGUUCUCCAUGGAAAGGAAAUGAACCAUUCGAUAGCUUUAAUGGUUGAAGCUCUGAAUAAUGUCUUCAUUGAGUUGGAAACAUUGAAACGUUCAAGUCGACGAGAGAUGAGAUUAAUUUUAUUGCUAUUUGUUUGUGCCACGGUGGCAUCUGCUGAUUGGUGGGAAAAUGCAAUCUUUUAUCAAAUCUAUCCAAGAUCAUUUAAAGAUUCCAAUAAUGAUGGAAUUGGUGACAUUAAAGGCAUCAUUUCGAAGCUUCAAUACUUGAAGGACACUGGUGUGACCGCAACAUGGUUGAGUCCAAUUUUAAAAUCACCACAAAUUGAUUAUGGCUAUGAUAUCGCUGACUUUACCCAAGUCGACGAAAUCUUCGGAACAAACGAAGACUUGGAAGAACUUUUCACUGAAGCACACAAAUUGGGAAUCAAAAUUAUCAUGGAUUUUGUUCCAAACCACACGAGUAAUGAACAUGAAUGGUUUAAGAAAUCGCUUGAAAAAGAAGCAGGUUACGAGGAUUUCUAUGUUUGGCACGAUGGCAUAACGAACCCUUUGGGUGGACGUCCUUUGCCACCAAACAAUUGGCAAGCAGUUUUUUCUACGAGAGCUUGGACAUGGAAUGAACAAAGGCAGCAAUAUUAUCUCCAUCAGUUUGCUUCAGGCCAACCAGAUCUGAACUAUCGGAAUCCUGCUGUUGUUCAAGCAAUGAAAGAUGUUUUAACUUAUUGGAUGGAUCGUGGCGCUGAUGGUUUCCGAAUCGAUGCGAUUAAUCACAUGUUUGAGACUGAAGGCUUUCCUAAUGAACCACCCACAGGAUGGACAGAUGAUCCAAAUAAUUAUGGAUACACACAUCACAUCCACACUAAAGAUUUGGAUGAAGUUUAUGACAUGGUUCGCCAAUGGCGUGUACUAAUCGAUGAAUACAAUUUGAGUAAUGGAGGUGACACAAGAGUUUUAUUCACUGAAGCCUAUGCAACCAUUGAAGAUACUGUUAGAUAUUAUGCAGACGAAAGCGGAAAUCCCGUGGCACAUUUUCCAUUCAAUUUUAUUUUGAUUGAAAGGUUGGAUGAGAAUUCAGAUGCUCAAAAGUUCAAGGAAGAGAUUGACAAUUGGAUAACUGCUGUUCCAUCUGGUGGUGUGUCAAACUGGGUCCUUGGGAAUCACGAUAAACCAAGAUUUGGAUCACGAUAUGGAGUUGAGAGAAUUGAUGGAAUGAUGAUGCUCCUUUUGACGUUGCCUGGCGUUGCUGUAACUUACAAUGGAGAUGAAAUUGGAAUGUUGGACUAUCGAGAUAUUUCAUGGGAUAUUACUUUAGAUCCGCAAGCUUGUAAUACAAAUAAUCCCAACGAUUUUAAAUGGGCGUCGAGGGAUCCUGAACGAACACCUUUCCAGUGGGACGACACAGCUUAUGCUGGUUUCAAAGACGCAUCUGGUGAAGAACCUUGGCUUCCAGUUAAUCCCAAUUAUCAAACACUCAACUUGAAACAACAACAAGAAGCGACGAAAUCAUUUUACAAGUUUUACCAGAAGCUUGCAGCAUUUCGUAACCAUUCAGUUUUCCAAAAUGGAGACUUUGAGUCGAGAGCUUUCAACAAUGAGGUUUUUGCUUAUAAAAGAUCUUAUAAUGGCGCAUCCUUUGUAGUUCUUAUUAAUUUUGGCAACAAUGCAUAUAGCUUGAACAUCGACGAAAUGAGUGCUGGUUUUUCAGCACAAUCUCGAGUGGCUGUUGCUGGUUCGAGGUCGUCCUAUGAUGAAGGCGUCAUUGUUGGAACCAACCUCUUUACUCUAAGAGAAUACGAUGCGGUUAUACUGGAAUAUUAUAUUCAAGAAACCACAACUCUGCCAACACUACCCACACAACCGGCAACAACAACACCUUCAGACACAACUGAAACAACUACACCAACUGAUAAUGCAAACACAGUGAUCGGAAGUUUGGCGUUGUUCUUGAUAACAUUCUUAUUGCAACGAAUGUUUUAAUGAAUAUUCUUGAAAGAUUUCGAUGAUUUGCAAAGCACAAUCAAUCAAAUAAAAGAAAAAACUUUGCAUAAACGAUAAAA